AUGAAACAUGUAGCAAAAGAUUUACUAGAAUCACUGAUUUAUUCACGAAAUUACGAUAACAGUCUAUUAGCUAGAGCUGAGGAAUUAUGUAAUCCUUGGUCUAGGGACAAAAGAGCAGCAUCAUUCCAUGAACUGAGGUACAAUGAAACCUUCUUUGGCCACAAAUAUGAUCCGCUUACAAUAGAUGUUCUUGUGAUAGACGAAAGAGUGGAGCAAAAAAUUGAAAGAAUUAAAAAUGAAACUUUGCCAAACGAAGUUGAAGUAAAACAUGAAGAAUCAAACAUCAAUGCCGACUUAUUGGAAAAUGGUGCGAUCCCCAAGUAUGCAACAGAAGAAUCAAGAACAGGACCCUCGAAUGACGAAAAUCAGGAAGAGAAAGUAGAGCUUGAUUAUUGUGGGAUCAAACAAAUUGAUCCAGAAAAUCUGAGCAAAGAACUUCUAAUAGACAGUCAUGAAAAACAGUGGCAUAUAUUUCAAAGCACUGCUAUAUCUAUACCACAUAAUGUAAUGAAAAAUGCCAAUCUAAAUUGCUGGAGUGAAGAAAGCCCACCAACUCCAGUUGAAACAGAAGCCCAUGAAGAGGAAUUCGAUGAUUUUGGAAUAAAAUUGAUCAAAAAUAAUCAGCACACAAAAAAAGUAGUUGUCACUGACCUGUUGGCUUGGAAUAAUAGUCCAAUCUUUAUAGAGAUUCUCAAGCAUGUUUUUAAACAUCGCAAUUUUGAAAAGGAAAUAAGCUUUGAUAUCAGUAAAAUUUUGGCUGGUAGACGCAGUUCAUUUCAACAAGAAGGAGGUCAUGAAAAAGCUGCUUUAGAGUUACUUAGGGCAUGCUCCAUGGGUUUGCAAAAUACCAUCAUGAGAUUAAUUGCAAGUGGAAAAGUCCAUGCAGAUUGUGCUGAUAGCAGAGGAAAUACUGGCUUGUUGUUCGCAGUUGCAAGUGACAAACUGGAAGCGAUAGAUACUUUAUUGAAUCUUGGUGCUAAUGUUGAUGCCUUAAAUGACGAAUGUCUGACUCCGCUUUCCUUGUGCGUAUUGCGAUUACUAGCACUGGUACAUGAUGUAUCUAACUGGUCAAAAGCCUUUUUAUCAAACGAAAUUAUUGAUAAAUCAAUGUUUGAUAACGAGUCAUCAUUCGCAAACUGUCAACAAUGGCAUGGACGAAUAAGUUACGAAUCACUAGUGCGACAUUCUGAUGGUGGAGAGAGCCCAAAUAUACAAGACAAUUAUGCUGCAGAGGAAAUAUAUAAAAAUGGAGUGCGAGAACAAAAAUACAUUUUUGAUAUGUCGCCCAUAAUAAUCAGAACAUCUCUUCCUCAGAGAAUAAUUAAAAAGGUUCAUAAUAAUGUAUUGAAAAUCACAACUAAACGAGAUAUGAAAAAAAAAGAUACAAGCUCUGCAAGUGAAGAGUUACCAAAUGGUUUGAAAAGCAUUCAAGAUACCAAUAAUCAUGCAUUUUCUGAAAAAAAAGCAAGAGUGAAUGCCACCAUAAUCAAGCUGCUAAGACGAGGUGCUGAUCCAAACUUUGCACAGGUGCCUUACCCCGUUUUGAUAAUGUCCAUUUUUGCCAAAACUCCAUGGCUUGUCUCAGAACUAUUAGAACGUGGGGCUGAUCCAAAUAUCACCUUAUCCAAACAAGAUCACUAUUUUACACCACUGCUGAUUCUAACGGUCUUACAACCGUGUCAUGAAAAUUCUCUUAUAGCCAAGACGUUACUGGAAGCCAAGGCAAACCCAAGUAUAAGAGCAGAUCCUGAUUACAGAUCAGAUUUCAGGGAACGUUUAUCGCGAAACAGGUCUUCCAACUAUCUUGAUGAUUCCCAAGGUGCUACUGCUUUACAUCUUUUAGCAUUAAGACCAGAUUUUGAUACAGAUGCAAAUGACUAUUUAGGAAAACUUAUCGAAGUAAUAUAUCGAGAUGGUUGUAUUAAAAGCAGUGAUUUGUACCAAGGGCAUUCCCCAUUAUCUUUGGCAAUAUUGGAAGGUAACUUGAAUGCUACAAAAGCAAUCCUAAAAACUAGAUGUGUUGACGUCAAUGAAGAAUUAGGUGCAGAUUUGGGUAACGCAAUGUUCAUGCUAGAGUCACGUAUGCUGCAAGAACUAUUGCCUCCAGAUGCCUUGCAAGAAUUUCGUGAACUACUGCUGGAAUAUGGUGGUUGUCCCUUUACGUCUGUCAAAGUACAGGCAGAAGAGUAUAAUCUAAUUGAAUACGGAAGAACUGAAUUGAUGAAAGUAUCCAAUCUCUCGAAAAGCACAAUAGCGGCGCAAGGAAAAAACAGGAAGAAGCUUGUAAAGGAAACUAAAAUGGCUAAAUCUUCGAAGCCACCUGACAAGACAAAUUUUUCUAAGGGCAUGGAUUGUAUUACACGCAUUGCUAAAGAUAAAUUGAUCCGAAGAAUAAAAGCAAAUUUUAUCAUGGACUUGAUGAAUUCUCCAAUAACGCUCCUUUCUCUCGACAAACGAUCAACCAUUCUUAAAAACCCAUUGUUUAAACUCGCUCUAUCUUGGAUGACCGCAGAGGAUCUAGCUGUCGUUAUGAAGGCUAUGAACUAUCAUCGUAGUGAAGUUAGAGGACUAGUGGGUCUAUUUAUAAUGGCAUGCAUUUUGAUCGAUCGUAAAACGUUAAGCAAAGCAGAUACACUGAUACAAGAUGAAACAGAACGAAUUAUGAAAAAAGUAAUGCCUCUGGUAACAGAAAAACAGCAAACGCAACAAUUAACAAAUUUCAAAGUGAACAGAAGGGCCAACAGGAGAGAGACCAAGACUUUUGAACCAAUAGUUGCACACACACCAGAAUCAGAUCCUGAUGGUAAUAAGUUCAGAGUAUGUUUUGACUGCCUCUCUAUUCAUGGAAAAGUUUUACUAGCAUGUCCUAAAUGCCAUCACGUUUAUUUCUGCUCGCAAGAAUGUAACGAAAAGAAUGCUACGGGAAAUGAUAACCAACAUCAGUGUCCAGUUUUCUACCAGGAAGAAUUGCACAGACUGGAACAAACUGCCACAACUCUUGGCAUCGACCCAACUAUUUAUAUGGAGAAUAGAUUUAGGAAUCCAACAAUGUAUUCAGAUAUGGAAGAGAGAAUGGAUAAACUCGUAAAAUCAAAAGGUAAAUCGAGAUCAAAAAAACGAGAUGAUAUCCUGUAUUUCGAUAUGGCAAAAUGCAAGACGCAGGGAUUUAUGACUAUUGAGCAACUUCCAGCAACAAUUGAUAAGAACUUGGGUGACAAAACUAUCGAUAAAGAUGACAAGACUCAAACGAUGAAAGCCAUUGGAGCAGAAAGUUUGAAAAACAAUAAAAAAUCUAAGAGAUUGAAGAAUGGCCAAAAUAUUGAUGGAGAAGAUAAAGAGUAUGGUAGCGGUGAUGUGAAAUCAAGCAGAGGUAACAAAUAUGUCAAAGCAGACAAUACGGAAUUCGAAGCUGUUGAUAAUGAAAAACUCGAGGGAUCGUUCAGUAAAAUCUACAAAUCCGAUGAUGAAAAUCAUGACCUAGAUUCAAAUAAUAAAAUUAAACUCAAAAAAAGGAUAGAAGUAAGCAAAUACAAUAAAGACGAUGUCAGUAGCAUGAAAAGAUCAAGCAAAGUUAGAUACGAACUAGGAACUACUAAUAGUGAUAUUAAAAACAAGUGGAACGAUAAAAUGGAAUCGAAGGGCAAAGAAGAUAACUACAAACAUAAUGCUGACCAAGUUGCAAAUAGUAUCAAAGUGAAAAUGGGAAAGAAGAAAGGUCAUGAAAUCCACAAGAAUAUGCCAGACGUAGACGAUUCAAAUUUUGAAGGAAAAAGCAAGCGCUGGUGGAAUAGCAGAAGGAGUAGGAGAACAAAUAGCUUCAACGAUACUAAUGAAACAAUCAAAAAUAACUCACGAAAACAGUAUGACAGCACGUAUGAAAAGCAAACACAUAAAAUUUACGUUAAUAAUGAAUACAGUGAAGGUUCGAAUACUUCCAACAAAAAAGAUGUGAAUAAGAAAUGUUCAGAGAGUAUUUCGGUAAAAAAUUUAGGAUGGUUAUUAAAAACUGGCAGAUCUGCAGAAAGAAAAAUAGAUCUAGACAUGCUAUUGGCACCUUAUGUAGUCUUUGCACAAGUAUCAUUUAACAGUUCACAUAAUGCUACCAGCAAUGAACUUCUAGUUCAUUUAAAAAUGGCAUAA